AUGUGCCAGUACUCGUUCGUCCACUACCACCACCAGCUCCCCUGCACGCACCCGGCCAGCCUGGUGCCCCGAUACUCGUACUGCGCCGCGGCGGCCAUCAACCCGGCGACGAACCAAUACUCACCCUGUGCGGCCACCACCGUCUUCGCGUCGCCAGAAGACACGGGCGAGGAUCCCUGCGCGCGGGGCAACUGCCUCAUCUCGCCGGCCUGCAGGUCGGGGACGUGUCGCCUGCAGGAUCUCAAUGGGCGAUGGGUCUGCUGCAAGUGCAAGCGCGGGGGGAACGUGUACCGGUCGUGCCAUCACCGGAAGAAGGGGUGUCCGGAUACCUUUUGCUAUCACGACAUUUGCGACAAGUGCACUCCUGAUGUGUAG